GCUACCGUUGAUAAUCAAACCAAAUACAGAGACACCAUGGAACACCACGGGACAGACUUUCAUCGGAGCUCGAACUCGCUCGAUUCCGAUUCCAAGUCCAGCUCGCUCAACUCCAAGCACGGCAUGGACACGAUCGUGGCGAACGAAAAUGGCUUCACCUAUCUGUCCGGUGAAAACAUGCAGGACCGGAAAAGCGACGUCUCGUACAUCUGCCCGUACAGCGGGCCGGCCAUCGGUACGCUGACCAUCACCAACUAUCGCCUGCACUUCCGUUCGCAGCCCGCCACGGACAAGGACCCGGUAAUUGUGGUCGACUGUCCGCUGGGCGCCGUUAGCCGCAUCGAGAAGGUCGGCGGAGCAAGCUCGCGCGGUGAAAACUCGUACGGUAUCGAUAUUUUCUGCAAGGACAUGCGUAACCUACGGUUUGCGCACAAGCAGGAAAACCACUCCCGCCGGACGGUGUUCGAGAAGCUGCAGCUGUACGCCUUUCCGCGCGCCAACGAGGGCCAACUGUUUGCGUUCAACUAUCGGGAAAAGUUCACCGAGGACGGGUGGACGGUGUACGAGCCGGUGGCCGAGCUGCGCCGCAUGGGCGUAAACAGUGCGAACAACGAUACGUGGCGCAUAACGCGCCUUAACGAGGGGUACGAAAUUUGUGACAGCUACCCCUCGGUGUGGGCCGUACCGAAGACGGCCAAGGAUGAUCUGCUGAAGCAGGUGGCCGCGUUUCGAUCGCGCAACCGGCUGCCCGUCCUGUGCUGGAUCCACCCGAAGUCGCUGGCGACGAUUACGCGCUGCUCGCAGCCGCUGGUGGGGGUGGGCGGGAAGCGCAGCGAAGCGGACGAAACGUACAUCAACCUGAUCAUGGAGGCGAACGCGCAGUCGGACAAGCUGUCGAUCAUCGAUGCGCGACCGAGCGCGAACGCGAUCGCGAACAAGGCGAAGGGCGGCGGGUACGAGUCGGAGGAUGCGUACAAGAACGUGGAGCUCACGUUUCUGGACAUCCACAACAUACACGUGAUGCGGGAGAGCUUGCGCAAGCUGAAGGAGAUUUGCUUCCCGGCCAACGACGACCACAAGUGGCUGUCGGCGGUGGAGAGCACGCUCUGGCUGAAGCACAUCAAGUGCAUUUUGAGCGGCGCGGUGAGGAUCGUCGAUCGGAUCGAAAACAUGCGUAUGUCGGUUGUGGUUCACUGCUCGGACGGUUGGGAUCGUACGUCACAGCUGACGGCGCUGUCGAUGCUACUGUUGGACCCUUACUAUCGAACGCUCAAAGGCUUUCAGGUGUUGAUUGAGAAGGAGUGGCUCAGUUUUGGACACAAGUUUGAGCAGCGCAUCGGACACGGCGACAAUCACCAUUCGGAUGCGGACCGUUCGCCCGUCUUUCUGCAGUUCAUCGACUGCGUGUGGCAGAUAUCGAAACAGUUCCCGCACGCGCUAGAGUUCAACGAAUACUUCCUGAUCACGAUCCUCGAUCAUCUGUACUCGUGCCGUUUCGGUACCUUCCUGUACAAUACCGAGCGCGAGCGGGUCGCAAAUGAUCUCAAAAACCGUACCGUCUCGCUGUGGUCGUUCAUCAACUCGUCGCACGAAGAGUACCGCAACCCGCUGUACGGUGGGCUGAGCAACUAUCUUAGCUCGAUGCCGGUACAAACGGUGCUGCGGCCGGUCGUCAGCAUGCGCCACAUUCGGCUCUGGAAGGGCCUAUACUGCCGGUGGAAUCCGAGCAUGCGGCAGCAGGAUCCGAUCUAUCAGCGUACGCGCGAACUGCUGGCACUGCAGGCGGAGCUAAUGAAGCAGCUGGAGGACUGUCGAACGGAGCGUGUGCUAAAUUGAGCUGGCCCAAUGCUCAGCCAAUGCUUUAUACACACACAUUCGUCUCCAAAAAUCAACAGCCGCGUGUCCUUGUGUAGACUGGGGGAAGGUUGUUGUUGUUGUUUUUUUCCUCUUUUUUUUGGCGAACAAACAUACAAAACAUGAAGCAAAACUAACACAAAAAACAAAAAACGAAAGGUAUUUUACUAUUGGUUUUAAGCAAACAAGCAACAAUGGAGCAAAAUUCAAUUUGUCAAGUUGUUUUCUAGGGCAAAGUUUAAUCGAAGCAAACAACAAAACAAAACAAAACAAAACUCACACAAACAUUGUAUUUCGUUUCGUGGUAACAUCUUAUGUUGUAACAGUGCUGUAUUAUUAAUAAAUCAAAAGUGUCUAUUAUUGAG